AUGACACUCGAGAACUCUCAACACGUCCACCAAGUUAAUGGUGAGUCCUCUGCACUGAGUGACUCUGUUCGCGACGUGAAUGGUGGCUUUAUUGCUGACAGUUCGACAAAGGUCGAGCGUUGGGGUGAGCACUUUGAGCACCAUCUCAACUGCGAUGGACAAUUCAUCACACCCUUGUUCUCCUCCCCAAUGACGUUUAUUCCCUCUCCAACCUAUGCAGUGCCAUGCGACCACCCUUCCGAAACACAAGUCGCCAAUGCCAUACGAAGGCUAAGCAUCAACAAGGAACUCGAAAAGGACGGUAUACUCGCUGAAAUCUACAAGUGUCGUGCCGAAACUCUGGCACACUGGCUCCAUGAGUUGACUGAACAAGCGUGGAGAGACGGGGUUGUUCCUGAUGACUGGGGCUCAGGCAUCCUUGUACCUAUCCUCAAGAAGGGGGACAAAACAAGGUACGAGAACUAAUAAGCCUCAUCGACGUUGCUGCGAAGAUAUUCGCUAUUGAUCUACUUAGGCGAUUCCAGGCUGUGUGUGACUCUAGGACGAGGACUAACGAAGCCGUAUUUCAUGCUGAACUUAGAUGUGCGGAUCAGGUACUCACACUAAGGCGGAUUCUCGAAUUCCGCCAUAGCUACCAGCAACUGGCAGCCGUCUGCAUUGUUGAAUUUGCCGCCGUGUUCGAUUCCGUUCAUCAUGAGACCCUGUGGCGGAUAAUGGCGCUAGAUGGUGUACUGGAAAAAGUCAUCGCCAUUAUCAAGGCCUAUUAUCGCUCCAUUACUGCGACAGUCUUGGUCCGCAACAAUCUUUCCCAACCGUUUGGUAUUCGGUCUGGCGCCCGACAGGGUUGUAUCCUGUCACUCAUGCUGUUCAACUACGCUGUUGACUGGAUCCUCUGGAGGGACCUACACGAGGGUGACGUUGUUGAGUUGGCACCCUCGAUAUGCCGAUAA